AUGGAGACUCUAAACCGCACCUUCAACAACGCCACUACCGCCCUCUGGAACGAGUUCCAACCCGGCGAACAGCAACAGCUCCAACCGCACGGCGACGAGCCCCUGUCCGGAAUCCAGGGAAAGGGCACAGCGACUGAUCCGUACGAUGGCGGGAACCGUGAUGACCAACCCGGCGCCCCCCGCACAAACGCCAACACCGCCGUGAUCCCCGAGCCCCUCGUCUCCGUCACGGGGACCUCCGCCCACGACCACGCCAAGAACCCCAAGUCGCCCAGCAACGCCGACGUGGCGCUGAAGAGCGUCAUCGUCGACGAGCCCCUGCUGCAGCAGCAGCAACCCCCAAAGAAGAUGGAGACCCCCGACCCGUUGACCGCCGCGGCGCCCACGGCUGCUGCUGAGGCGGCCGGCGCGCCGAGUAGCGGGUCGCAUGGUGCGAAGCAGUUGGCUGCAUCCGGGGUGGGGGUGGGGUUGCCGGCGGGGAAGACGCAGAUGUCGAGUACCGGUGGGGUCUCGGAGCAGAGGGGCAGUUUGCCUGCUACGUCCAAGGGUCAGGUUCCUUCCUAUGUCGGGGUGUCUGGGUCUGGGUCUGGGUCUGGGUCUGGGGCUGCAGCUGCAGCUGCAGCUGGAGCUGGAGAAACGCUCGCUAUCCGGGAGAAGGAGAAGGAGAAGGAGAAGGAUGAGAUCCUGCACGAGAAUAGGGGACUUCCUGCCCCGGAGGGUAUGGGGCCUGAGCAGAAAUCCUCUUCCACUGCUGCUGGCACUACACCCAUCACAGCCGGCGGCAGCACCGGCACAGGCGCCCUCCAAACCCGAGACACGCCCGCGACCAUCCCCGACUCCAGCAUCUCCGCCGACGACAAGGCUUAUACAUCAUCCAAGGCGAAACCCUCCACCUCCGCCACCACCACCACAUCUCAACCCCAGCAGCAGCAGCAGCAGCAGCUCAAACCCACCACCACAUCCACAGCCACACAACCCACCAGCGCAGCAGGCGCAGCAGACGCAGCAGCAUCAGACACCGAAUCCGUCGGCCCCACCAACGAAACCAAGGAAGCCCGCGACUCGACCAUAUCUCCCACAGCGCAAAAACACCACGAGACCGAGACAGCGACAGCGACCGCGACCGACACGCUGCCCCGCGGCAACACCAAAGUCAGCGAGGAGGCGCUCAAGGGCCCGCAGACCCCGGCGCCGCGCGAGCCGUUCGAGUUCGAGAAGCGGCUGGGCUCGAAGGGGGGUCCUGCGAAGUCUGAUGCUGGAGGUGGAGCUGGAGGUGGAACCGGAGCAGCGGACGAGGCCGAGAAGCACGGGAAGGGCCAUGGGCAGGGCAAGAUGGCGCAUUUGAAGGAGAAGGUGGGGAAGGUGCUGCAUCAUGGGAAGUAA